CCACUUGCGGGAGGGUCGGGUCGCUGUCGGCCGCUUCCACCCGUCCCGGCGCCCCGGCCCGCAGGUACUGGCCGCCCGGUUCCCUGCCGCCGGCCCUCCCGCGCGGUCCCAGCGCCCCCCUCCGCCCCCGGGCGCCGCAGGGGGCCGGCCGCCGCCUCCCCAGCUCCCGCCCCCGGCGCCGCAGCGGGCUCAGUCCUCGGCGGGCGGACUCGGCUCGGCAGCGCGCGCCAUGGCCCAGGACCUGCGCGGCCUCCCGCGGCGCGGCCUCUGGCUGCUCCUGGUGCAUCACCUCUUCCUGGCCACCGCCUGCCAGGACGCGGACUACAGCACCCUCCUCCAGGAGUCCUGCCUCGCCCAGUUCAAGGUGGACAUGGAGGCCAUCGGGAAGACGCUGUGGUGUGACUGGGGCAAGACCAUCGGGAGCUACAGGGAGCUCACAGAGUGCACCAGCCACGUGGCGAAAAAAGUGUUCUGCUUCUGGCCCAAUGCGGUGGUGGACAAGCUCUUCGUAGCGAUCCACCAGCGCUACUUCAGAAACUGCUCCGUCUCCGGCAGGGCCGUGCGGGACCCGCCCAGCAGCGUCCUCUGCCCCUUCAUCGUGGUGCCCAUCCUGGUGACCCUGCUUGCGACGGUGCUGGUGGUCUGGAGGAGCAAGUGCCCCGAGGGCAUCGUGUAGGCGGGGGGCCUCGGGGCUGCCCAUGCACUGAGGCUGCAGGGCAGGCAGGGAGGGUGGGGGGGGGGAGCCAUGGGCCUGGCCCCGUGACAGCAUCCUGGGCCUCACAUCAGACCAGGCCCCAAAUCCCUCUUCUUCUGCCCGAGAAGAGCUAACGGGAUUGUGGAGUGAUGGUGGCGCGGGCGUUAACCUGGAAGCCCCAUGGCAGGAGCUGGAAGCAACCCUAGGAAGGGGACCCCAGGGGCCAGGAGGGAGCAGGGGGAUAAGCGCCAUUAUUUCUGGGGCAGGUUCCGAGCUCUGUCUCCCAAUGUGUUGAUAAACGACCCUCAGCUUUGUUCCACCCUCUGGCCAGACUGUGGAUAAGUAGAUUGUGAUUAAAAAGAUGUCCUGGA